AUGUGGGCGCCGUCCAUUCAGUUCGGCCUACGUCCCGAGUCCGGGGUUACUGACAGGUUUUCUGGCAUUGUGCUGAAUAUGGGCAUCGACGUCGUGGCGGUGCCCGUGGCUGAGCUGUUGCAGGCCUGUGGCCUGCCUGGGGUCGAGGACGUGCCGCCCGGCGAGCACCUGAUCGUACUGGAUUGCGAGGGGGGCAACAACGCCAUGGCAAACAUCCGCUCCCUCGUCAAUGUGUUCGGAAUAGUGGUCGGCACAGAGGUCGUCUUCGUCGCGAACAGCAUGGCGUCCGAGCAGGCGCUGCAGAACCUGGGCGCGACGCUGGCCGCACGCUCCAUGAUCCGGCUGGACGGGGCAGCUGCCCUCACGGAGCAGCACCUCGUGUUUGCGGUGAACAAGAACACUCUUAAGUAUCAGGGCUCGGCCCUCGAGAAGAUACUCAACCAGGAUGUCCCCUGUGUUUCCUAUAGGGGGCCCGGGGGGAUGAAGCGAAUGGGGUGGGUAUGA